CUCGUUUUGUUAAAAUACGAGUAACCUGAGUUCAUUACGAUUACUUCAGAUGAACAUGUAACUAAUGUGCCUAAUAACUGCCUAAAAUAGGGAUAAAUCAUGAAAUUGUGCGAUACUGCGAUUCAAGCGUUCCGCAGAUGGGCAUAUCAGUUCCCUCCAAGGGUCAGACAGUUUCUUUUAGAGCUACGUCGCACUAGGACCAUUACUAAUAUCAAUCAGCUUAGGCAUGGUUGAAGGAUAUUCAGCUGUUCUAAUUCCACAGUUAGAAAAAGAAGGGGAUAUAGCUAUGGAUGUAUCAACUUCUACUUGGAUUGCAUCAAUUUCUGCUCUACCAACACCAAUCGGCUGCGUUUCUGGAGGAUGGCUCAUGGACCUGAUCGGUAGACGUGCUAUCCACAUAUGGUGCUGUCUACCCUGCUUCGUUGGUUGGUUGGCCAUUGCCCUAUCCUCUUCGUCUUUAACAGUAAUUCUGAUUGGAAGAUUCGUUACUGGGUACUGCUUGGGGCUACUAGGAGCACCAACAGGAGUUUACUGUGCAGAAACGGCUGACCCUAAGUUCAGAGGAGUGACGUUGGCGCUUAUCUCAGUUGCUAUGGCCAUAGGAGUAUGUAUCGCUCAUAUACUUGGUGCCUACAUUCCUUGGCAAAGAACCGCCCUGGUUGGCUGCAUCUUUCCUAUAAUCUGCAUCCUAAUAAUGAUACCAGCACCAGAGUCUCCAACAUUCCUCGCCAAAGUACAGAAGAUUGAUAUGGCGGAAGAGGCAUUCUAUUGGUGCAGAGGUAAAGACACACAAUCUGCAAUUGAACUGAAGGAGCUGCUAGAGCGGCAACGGGAGCUUUGCAAUAUGCCCAGGAAGAAGAUGGUGGACUACCUAAGGCAGUUCCAGAAGCCCGAAUUUUACAAGCCCCUGCUCAUAAUGCUGCUACUCUUCUUCACGGUCCAAUGGUCCGGAGCAUUUGCUGUGACAUUCUACAACGUCAUGAUAGUGAAAGAAACCAUUGGAGACUCGAUCAACGAGUACACAUCUAUGAUAGUUAUGGACAGCAUACGGCUAGUUGGGUCAAUUGUAGCUUGUUAUCUCCUAAAGAAAGUUGGACGUCGAACUUUGACACUUUUCAGUUGCUGUGGAACCUGCGUUUCGCUCUUUGUUGUCAGUUUAUUCUGCUAUGUAGCCAAGUACUAUCCCGAACUUGCGCAGGGGUACUCCCUGGUACCCCUUACAGCUUUGGUAACUUAUACAGCAUUCUUGACUAUGGGACUUCUGCCAGUGCCAUGGGCAUUAAUGGGAGAAGUAUUUCCUUUAGCAAAUAGGGGACUCGGCACUGGUUUGGUAUCCAUGUUGAACUAUGCAUAUAUUUAUUCAGUUGUACAGACCACACCAUGGUUAUUUACAACUAUUGGAGCCGAAGGAGUAUUCAUGUUAUAUGGAACCACCUGCUUAGUAUGUACAGUACUCCUGGCGAUUGUGUUGCCUGAGACUAAGAACAAGCCUUUAUAUGAGAUAGAAGAUCAUUUUAAGGGGAUUAAGAAAUGAGAUAUAUUUUUUAUAUUCUAGUCAAAAGAAUAACAAAAGCUCGAUGAAUUCUUUGUUGAUCAUCCUUGCUAGAUUGGUCAGGCCAUACUGCUGACUAUUGUACCUUUUAAUUCUAAGUGGCACAAUUUCAUGGACUUAAUAGGCAGUAUCCAAUAAAACGUAUGUACUGCUGUCACAAUGUUAAGAAGCAAAGUGUGUUUUACUGACAUCUUGAGUAACACCUUCAUUCACUCAGUCUAUUUAUGCUUCGUUGCUGCACAUCCAGUUCCAUGGAUAAGUAGAAUUGGUGGUGCAUCUUCCCGUACUAAAUAAAUCCUAGCUUUACUUAUACUUUACAGACUGUUCUUAGCGCCACAAACUGUUCCUAGAGCGCUACAGUAUAUCUUGAUGUUAAAGAGCAAAUAGAGCAUUAAUUACUUCUACAUCCUAGACAAGUGUAUGGAAACUACAGGGCUGGGAGGUAUGAAACAUCAGCGCUAAGGAAAUAUCCUAAGGACUUGCUCUGUUUUAUGCGGAAUUCUCUGAAACAGCUCAACAGAGAAUGAGUUUAAUAUAUCAUACUCAAACACUAGAAGAUUACAUCUCUCAGGCUACUAGAUAUUGUACAGGGUGUCUCAAGAUAUGAAGUAAAAAUGAUGCAAAUAUACGAAUUGAAAUAAGUUUAUAUAGCAAUAUUUUGGAGAAUUAGUCUGUUUCGUUAAAUUUCGUGCAUAACUCAGUAUAGUGUCAGACAGCAUUGCUGAUAAAAGCGCUACGUGACAAAGAAUUACAUAUUUUGUGUUAACUCCUUGAUUUUCUCUUGAUGUUUUGUGUCAGUUAGAUAAGAUGAUAAUCGGUUGACAAAAAUAAGCGUAACUUCAAGCACUUUCGUCAGUUGUUGUAAUCAGUUGUGUUCAUCAGUUUCGCUGCUUACGCUGUAUGCUGUUCCUCUUGUAGAUUGAAAACUCAAAAGGUGUAACGGUCAAAAUAGCUGUACGACAUACUACUAAGCGAGCAUGAGAAGUAUUAAGGUUUAGGUGCUGUAAAAGCAAAGGCCUAUAUGAACAGAAACUUCAAAUAAGCUGCGUUGGAAAAAAAAAGGAUAAAUUUAGAUGCAUAAGUUAGUGGACCCUCCACUAGAAGUUCUUUAUUCAGCAUCUGAUCCAUUUUCGAAACCAAAUCGUUUACGGUUUCGUUUACUUCGUUUAAUCAUGAGGUUGGUAGCUAAAACGCAGAUCGCUAGGGAUCGUUCUAUUUUCUACAAUUCUCUAUUUGUUUAAAGUAAUAAAGUAACAACGAAAAGGGUGGUUAGUAUGACUUUGACGUGAUAAAUGGCAGUUCAAAGUCGACCGUUAUAGUUUUUUCUACCGACUGCGCACGAUUUAGUAUAAAGUUGAUUACAAAAAAUUAUUUACGUGACAGACAGAACUGUAGUUGGUAAACAAAUUGGGAACUAAAUUCAGUGACAUAUUUUCUCCCAAAAUUGGAUACCAAUUAUGAACAAAAUUUUGUGUCGUGACAGACGGCUUUAAGAGACAAGUUUCAGACUAGGCUAGAUGGCACUUUUUGUAGCUCUUAAAUAGUUAAUUUUUGUUCCAGUA